GCCGGCGCGCGUGGGCGCGGGGGGCGGGCGCGGGCGCGGGCGCCGCGGGGGUCGGGGCUGCGCGAUGGAGGCGGGGACGGCGCGGCCGCCGGCAGGCUUUGUGCCUUGGGCCUCUUUUUUCGUAUGUUGCUCAUCCAUGAAUUGAGGCCCUGACCCCCUUCCCCAGAAGGAAGAGUUGUUUCUCUCUGAAGAUGAACUCGACAGCCCCCCUCCCAGAGGCCCCCAAUGCCAGCUGGCCCCGAGCGCACCAGCUCCCAGGAGGAAACGGCUCUGCUCUCUCGGAGGACUGCCCGGACCUCGUCCACGCGGCCACCUUGGUCACCUGCACAUUCGUCCUCACCCUCAUCUUCUUCCUGGGCUCCUACGGCAACGUCAUUGUCUUCCUGUCCUUCUUCGAUCCAGCCUUCAGGAAGUUCAGGACCAACUUUGACUUCAUGGUCCUCAAUCUGUCCUUCUGCGACCUCUUCAUCUGCGGGGUGACAGCCCCCAUGUUCGCCUUCGUGCUGUUUCUGCGCCCGGCCAGCGCCCUUCCCGAUGCCUUCUGCUUCACCUUCCACCUAACCAGCUCGGGCUUCCUCAUCAUGUCCCUGAAGACGGUGGCCGUGAUAGCGCUGCACCGCCUCUACCUGGCCCUGGGCAGGCCCCCGGGCCGCGCCACCACCCUGCCCUGCUCGCUACUCCUCGUGCUGCUGCUCUGGGCCAGCAGCUUCACACUGGCCGCCCUGGCCACGCCCAGGGCCAGCAAGUCCCACCUCUGCCUUCCCAUGUCCAGUCUUAUGGUGGGGGACGGGACGGUCAUCCUGUCCCUCUAUGUCGUGGACUUUGCCUUCUGUGUGGCCGUGGUCUCGGUCUCCUACAUCAUGAUCGCUCAGACCCUGAGGAAAAAUGCCCAGGUCAGGAAGUGCCCCCCUGUGAUGGCUGUGGAUGCGUCCAGGCCACAGCCCUUCAUGGGGGGCCCUGGGAGGGCAGGUGCCGAGCCCCCACAGUGUGCCGUGCCGGCCCUCUACAGGAACCAGAACUACAACAAACUGCAGCCUGGGCCAGCCCACGGGUACCCCAAGAGUCCCAGUCAGCUGCAGCUGGUCUCGGCUGUUAACCUCUCCGCCGCCAAGGACUCCAAAGCAGUGCUCACCUGUGUGAUCAUCGUGCUCUCAGUCCUGGUGUGCUGUCUUCCCCUGGGGGUGGCCUUCGUGCAGGUGGCUCUGUCGCGACGGGCGAGCUUCCUCCUUUACCAGGUCGAAUUGUUCGGGUUCACCCUCAUCUUCCUCAAGUCAGGACUGAACCCUUUUAUAUAUUCGCGGAACAGCGCAGGGCUGCGGAGGCGCGUGCUCUGGUGUCUGCAGUACAUCAGCCUGGGUUUCUUCUGUUGCAAGCAGAAGACCCGGCUCCGGGCCAUGGGCAAAGGGAACCUGGAGGUGAACAGAAACAAAUCUUCCCACCACGAGACGAACUCUGCCUACAUGCUUUCUCCAAAGCCCCAGAAGAAAUUUGUGGAUCAGGCUUGUGGGCCCAGUCAAUCCAGGGAAAGUGUGGCAAGCCCCAAGCUCUCCGCCGGGCUUCAGCACCAUGGCCAGAGCACCUCCACCCCUGUGCACACCCGGCUGGAGGCCUACUACAGCAUCUACAAUAGCAGCCCGCACCGGGAAGAGAGCGUUCCCUGCAGCUUGCAGCCUGUAAACUCCUUUGCAUUUGCCAGCUCCUACAUUGCCAUGCACUAUCACACCACUAACGAUCUAAUGCAAGAAUUUGACAGCACUUCAGCCAGGCAGAUUCCAGUGCCUUCUGUCUAAAGUCACAGGGGCUCCAGAAUCUCAUGCGGACUCGUUUUGUUUCUGAUACUAAUUGAGUUUAUCUUUUAAUUUUGUGAGACCAGUGGUAGGUCAAAACUUAGAAUCAGCUAAACAGUUGACAGUUGAGUUUUCCUUUUUUCUGAAAUCUGAUGAUUUGCUCUGUGAUUUCUUGACAUUUCUUGAUUUGAUGUAGAUGGUUACUUUUUAGAUUUUUACCCUGGCCUACGCUUCCAGUCUUUUGUAUUGAAUUUUUCAUAGAUACCAAUAAUGAUCAUUUAACUACUAAGUUAAAGUGGAGAAUGAACUGGUUAUAAUCACUGGAACAUUAAAAUAUACAUGAACUCAAUUUUUUAAAGAAUGUGAAAGUAUAUCUUUACUGAUGCUGUUUUUGAUUUAUAAACUCAGAAUUAUUGAAUUAUAAAUUUGGUUUAUUGAAGUGUUGAAAUGGGGUGCGUUUUUUGAUACCAGGCUUAUUUAUGAAAUAAUAUACUGUUGGGGCUGGAUCUAUAGUACAGCAGGGAGGGCAUUUGCCUUGCACACGGCUGUCCCGGGUUCAAUCCCCGACAUCCCAUAUGGUCCCUCAAGCACUUCCAGGAGUGAUUCCUGAGCAUUGCUGGGUAUGACCCAAAAAAGCAAACCAAAAAAAAAAAACCCAAACAAAUAAUAUACUUUUGGGGCUGGGGGAGGCAUUCCAGGGGUGAAGGCACCAGCCUUUCAUGCACUGACCCAGCUCACCUUCUAGUCCCACUGGUGUAGUACAUUGUCAGAGUAGCCCUGAGGCUCCCUGAGCACUGCAGAGUGUGGCAUCACAGGACCCGACCAUCACUGUAUCCUUGGAUCCUUCUGCUGGACCUUCCCCACCCCCAAAUACAUAAUUAAUGCAGAAAAUCAGAAAUAUACUGUCUAUGACUAUCCUUAGCAAAAAUACACAAGCACUGAGUACUUGCUAAGACAGCCAACUAAGACUACUGUGGUAUGCUUAGUGCUAUCUGUUACUCUAGACAUUAUUAUUUUGUGCCCAUUGAGUACAUCAUCCUUUUAAAACAUGCUCUUACUUGCUAAAAAUAAUGUCUAUUUUGGAGUCCUAAAGAAGAGGGCUGCAUCAGGGUGGCCGCGUGCUGUCCUUGGGAGAGUGGGCCCUGUGGCUGCCUGCCUGCUCUGUGGACAGUACUGUACAUGGUGAUGUUGGACGCUGCAUUCCUGCGGGGGAAGGCAUGCAAGUGAGGCUGGCAGUGCUCAGAUUCAGGCUUCCUCCACUGUGAGACUGACAGAGCACGUCCAAGCAACUAUCCAGAAGUCAAUGUUUGUCUUUUCGUGCAUUACAAGGGUAGGAAAACUCUUAUGAUGAUCUCUUUUCAAAUAUAUCAUUUUACUCCUGUAUUAGCAGGAGAAAAACUGGAAAUGAAGAGGAAGGAAACAUUGAUUCAUUAUUUCUAUGCCCCAAACUAAUUUUUUUAAGUACUCUGUGGAUUCCAGCAUAAAGAUUAACAUAUUUUCAUGCAGAUUUGGAUAUCAUUAUACAGUUAACAUUUGAACUUGUUGCAGUUUUGAAAGUAUAACUGCUAGACACGAGAUAAGCAUGAGGUACAGGACUUCUCUGUCUUGGUGGUCAUUUUCAGGAAUUGCUGUUCUGCAUUGGAAGGCGUUUUUGCUGAGAAGCAUUCACUUCCUACACCUCUUCUUGGGGUUACUAAAUAGAGUAGUUAGGAGGGUGAGGAGUGGGCAGAGGGUGACCAGAUCUCUGUCAGGACCAGCCAGCCAUUCUGCUUCUGGGAUUUCAAUGUGAGAAAGGUUUUUAUUUAUUUAUUUUUCAAAUUUUUCCAUUGAGGGUGAUCUUUUCUCCUUUUUUUCUUAUCCUUUCGUCCUUUAGUGAUUCUAUUUUGGGGCCACAGCCAGCAGUUCUCAGGGCUUACCCCUGGCUCUGUACUCGGAGAUCACCCCACAUGGUAUUGAACCUGGGUCAGAUCAUGCAGAACAAGCACUUUUCUGCUGUGCCAUCUCGCUGCCACUUCUUUUAUUUUUGCUAUUAAAUUUUAUAACAGGAGAAGAUAUCCACUCUCAUAUUUUCUUUUGUAACUGAAUGCUACUCUUGGAAGUCACUGUGACCUAUUUGAAUUGUGCUUUUCUAUCUUUAAAAGCAACACUUUAUUUAUUAGUAUUUUCAUGAGAUGCGUUAGUAUACUACCUCUUAUUGAAAAAAAACUAAGGAGUCUGAUAUUCCAAGAUCUCUUGAAGAAUUGUGGCAAACUAAGAAUCAAACUUUUAACUUCAACUCAAAAUCUGGUAUUUAAUCCAAUAAGUCAGACAGCUUUCUAAUUUUUUUUUUUUUGCUUUUUGGGUCACACCCAGCGAUGCUCAGGGGUUACUCCUGGCUCUGCACUCAGGAAUUACUCCUGGCGUGCUUGGGGGACCAUAUGGGAUGCCGGGGAUUGAACCCGGGUCGGCCGCGUGCAAGGCAAACGCCCUACCCGCUGUGCUAUCGCUCCGGCCCCCAGCUUUCUAAUUAUAAACAUUAAGAUAUUUCACACUUUUUAAGGUAUAUAUUUCUUUUUGGCCAGGCAUUUCAAUGUGAUUAAAUAAAAGAUUUUGAAAACAUAAUUUCUACUUGUAAAAUUUUUAAAUGACAGUUUUUCUGCGUGACGUUUAAGUUUUGAUAUGAUCCAUCUUUGGAAGGUAGAAAUUAUAGCAUAUAUAAAAUUGUAUUCAGUCUCUACAUGCUCAUCAAGAAAUUAUUGAUUCUGGGCUGGGAAGAUUCUCAAGGGCUGACACACAUGCUUUGCAUGCAGGAGUCAUGGGUUUGAUUCCCAACACCACAUGAUCCCCCCCAGCACUGCUGAAAAUCCACAGAGCACUUCUGGGUGUGGGCCCAAAGCAAAGAAAAUAACAACAAAGCAAUUAUAGACUCAACUUGCAUGAAGUACAUAGUAGGCUAGAUUCUUAGCUGUCCUUCACAUCUAUAUCUAUGCAGGUAUAGAGGCAUCUAUAACUGUCUUCAUAAGGGCUAAAAUGAGAACUAAAAGUAAUGAGAAUUCAGUUGAAUAUGACAAGGAGGGCACAAUAAUUAGUUCUCUUGAUGCUUUACUGUGAUGCAAAAUAUGUGAUGUAUUUCAGACAUUUUAUAAUUAUUCUGAUAUUAACCAUUAGGCCAGAUUUGUAUUUCUGAUGCUUUUAAUGUAAUUUAAAAAUAAUGUUUGGAAAAUAAACAUAUUAAAAAUUCUAACAUUCUGGACA